GCGGCGGCGGCGGCUGUGGGAGGCUGCGGCGCCCGCGGCGGUGGGAGUGUCCCCGGCGGGUCUGCAGGUGCUGCCCGGCCCCUCCAGGGAUCGCCGCCCGGCCCGGGCGCUUCCUCCCCUCGGGGGUCCCGGGGCGGCGCCCGCACAGCUCGCGCCUCGCAGGCUGGUGGCCCCCGCCCUUCCCUCGCCCCGGGUACCCCGCGUCCUGGCAGACGGGACCGUCAUCCCCAACAAAGAGAGAUCACGGAAGUACUGUCCAGGAAGGACCUCUGAACCUCUAAACCCUGGCACUGGCAUCAUGGAAUCAGUUACCCUCCAGAACGUGGCUGCAGGGCUCACCCAGGAGUGGGCGUUGCUGGACGGAGCGUGUCGGAACCUCUGCAGAUUCGCGAUCCUGAAAAACUGCAGGACCCUGGCCUCCGGGGACUGGCAGUCACACCUGAAACCCAAAGAGUCCACUCCUUUGCAGGGUGUUUUGGAAGAAAAAUCAUCUAUCGAUACGCAAAUGGGCCCGACGGCGCACGGGCGGAUCCGGAGGGCUGCGCUCCCCCUGCGCGCGCGGGGCCGCCGCGUCCCGGGGCCGUCGGGGAGUCCGGGGACAUCAGUCACUGGAUUAAAGCCCAUCCCAAUCCAGUGUGACCUCAUCUUAACUCGUUCUGUCUGCAAAGACUCUUUGCCAACUCUGCCUGCUCAGGCCCCCACCUGGCUCCAGGAGGAGAGCGCAGAGGAACAACAGUUGGCUCCUGGGAUGCUGACCACCUGUUCACAGGGAUCAGUCACCUUUGAGGAUGUGGCUGUGGUGUUCACCCAGGAAGAGUGGCUGUUUCUGGACCCUGCUCAGAGGAGCCUGUACAGAGACGUGAUGCUGGAGAACUACAGGAACCUGGCCGCUGUGGAAUAUCAACUAUGCAAAUGCAGUAUGUUUUCCCAUUUGAUGCAAAGAGAAGAGCUGUGGACCACAGAGAGAGGAAUCUUCCAAGGAACCUUUCCAGGACUUCAACUUCAACUCCCAGAGUCAAUUACUGACCAAGAUAUUUUUGGGGAGAUACCAUCCAGUGGCAUGAAAAGAGAGCAACCUCAACCUGGAGAAAAACUCGAUAAAUGUAAUGAAUUGGGGAAACCCUUUAACAGCAUUGAAUCUCUUCUUCAGUACCAGAGGAUUCAUAUUGGAGAAGACCCCUGUGAGUAUAGAGCAAGAGGAAAGUCCUUCCAAAGUGCUCACCUAGUUGUGCCUGAGAAAAGUCGUGGUGGGGAUAAAACCUAUGCAUGUAAUUCUUGUGAAAAGUCCUUCAGAUACAGCUCUGACCUUAUUAGGCAUGAGAAAACUCACACGACAGAGAAGUGCUUUGAAUGUCAGGAAUGUAGGAAAGCCUUCAAGUAUUCUUCAAAUCUCAGGCGUCAUAUGAGAAUUCACACUGGAGAGAAGCUGUUUGAAUGUAAUCAGUGUGGAAAAAGCUUCACAAGGAACUUUAACCUGAUUUUGCACCAGAGAAACCACACAGGAGAGAAACCCUAUGAAUGUAAAGAUUGUGGGAAAGCUUUUAAUCAGCCAUCAUCUCUUAGGAGUCAUGUAAGAACUCACACUGGAGAGAAACCCUUUGAGUGUAGUCAGUGUGGGAAAGCCUUCAGGGAACACUCGUCACUAAAGACGCAUAUGCGAACUCACACUCGAGAGAAACCUUACGAAUGUAAUCAGUGUGGGAAACCCUUUCGGACGAGCACGCAUCUUAAUGUGCACAAGAGAAUACAUACUGGGGAGAAACUUUAUGAGUGUGGUGCUUGUGGUCAGGUCUUGAGUCGUCUCUCAACUCUCAAGAGUCACAUGCGAACUCACACUGGAGAGAAGCCCUAUGCGUGCCAGGAAUGUGGGCGAGCUUUUGGUGAACCCUCAUCCCUUAGGAAGCAUGCAAGAACUCACACUGGCAGGAAGCCCUACGUGUGUCAGGAAUGUGGGCGAGCCUUUGGCCAGUCUUCCCAUCUUACUGUACAUGUGAGAACCCACACGGCAGGGAGACCCUAUGAAUGUAAUCAGUGUGAGAAAGCUUUCAGGCAUAGCUCUUCACUUUCUGUACACAAAAAGAUUCACACUGGCAGAGCCAAUGUCGCAAAUAGCAGCCUCCCUUUAUCACUGUCUCAUCCAUAUGGUGGGCCCCUUGCUAGUUAAUUUCAAGUUUUUAAAAAUUCAAACAUUUGGGGCUGUAAUUGUUUCUCUUAGUAGUCUUCUAGCUACACCACACGCUUUAAUAUAGAAUAUUUUCAUUAAUUCUAAAUAUUGUCUUAAUUUCCAUGAUCAUGUAUUCCUGAAGCCCUGAGUUGUCUGGAAUUAGAUUUUUAAUAACAAUAUAUGGGUGUAUUUUUAUUGAGGUAUAAUUAUUUACAGUGAAAUGCAUAAAUCUUAAGUUACAGUUAGAUGAGUUUGACAGAUGUAUACAUAUAUGUAAUCAACAUCUCAUUCAAGAUUGUAGAAUAUUUCUAUUAUUCUGGAAAGUUUCCUGCAUGAAUAUGGAUUUUUGUAGUUACCUUUUUCUUACUGGUUUCUAAUUUAAUUACAUUGUGAGCAGAGUAUGCAGUUGUUAUCUUGUUGAGAUUUCUCUUUGGUCUAGAGGGGCAUAUACUGCUAGUUGCUCCCCCAAGUUUACCCUUCUUUCUUACAAAAGAAACUGGAUUUUUUGUUCAUGUUGAUACUGUGUACUAUUGAAAACCCUCUAUCUCCCAGCCCUUCUUGCAGCUGUGGGAGGCCACAUUCCUCUCAGUCCUGGGCAGUGUAAUUAUGAGAAGUCACCGACUAUGGCUCUGGAAAGGGAUGGUUUCAUUUGGCUUGCUCACUCUACUUCUUGCUUUUGUGGAAGACAUGAUGUC